UUCGUAGCGCACGCCACACGCCUCCCGGUGUGCAGGCAGCCGAGCUCGCGCGGCGGCAGGGGUUGUGGCCUACCCACCAGGCGCUCGGGCCGCACCGAUACGACGCGGCGUGUGUGCAUGUGUGUGUGGGCCACUCGAUGGUCGUGACAGGAGGAGUCAGCGGCGGGGGGCUUAGCCGAAUGUAGUGGAGUGGAGAGUUCGAGCGUUUUCGGACCGGAUAGCACACGCGAGAAGUCAGGUGAGCAGAGACUACAGGCCAGAUCUGGGCUCUGGGUGUGUCGCAACAAGCUGUCAUCGCGGAUUUCCCGUCCGAAUUAGUGUUCUGCCAGCGCGUCCAGGUUAUGUUUAUGCCUUUGAGUCUACUUAUUUGAAGAUACUACUAUGAUUCGUAUAACACAAAGUAGAGCUGUGCCUCAGCUGGUGGCUCUGCAGAAAAGUCUAUUUAAUUGUCGACAUAAAAGCCAUGGAGCAACAGAAAAUCACAGCUGUAAAUUAUUAAUUGUUGGCGGAGGUUCUGCUGGCUGCUCCAUUGCAGCUAAAUUUGCGUCCAAGCUUGGAAGAGGGAAAGUGGUUAUUCUCGAGCCAUCUGAUGUUCAUUAUUACCAACCUCUCUUUACUCUUGUUGGGGGUGGUGUCUCUUCAGUCGAAAGGACUGUACGCCCUAUGGGAUCUGUUCUUCCAAAAGAUGCAACAUGGGUAAAAGAUGAGGCAGUGUCAUUUACCCCUGAGGAAAAUCUUGUAAAAACUAAAAAUGGCUCUUGCAUUAAAUAUGAUAUGCUGGUUUUGGCAUUAGGCCUGCAACUAAAUUUUAAUAAGGUUGAAGGGCUACUUGAGGCUUUGGAAACUCCUAAAAGUGGUGUUGUGUCAAACUAUUCACCGAAGUAUUGCUCAAAUACUUUUCAAGAACUUCAAGCAUUUUCAAAGGGAAAUGCAGUUUUUACGUGUCCAAGCACACCCAUCAAGUGUGGUGGAGCACCUCAGAAAGCAGCAUAUCUUUCAGAGCAUUAUAUGAGAAAGACAGGAAAAAGAAAAGAUGCCAACAUCAUUUACAGAACUGGUGCAGGGGUAUAUUUCCCCAGUCCACACUAUGAAAAAGUGCUCUACAAAGUAGCUGCAAGCCGUGGAAUUGAUGUCGCAAUAAAGGAAGAUUUAAUCAAAGUUAAUCCUAAGCAAAAAACUGCUAUUUUUGAAAAUGUUGAUUCAAAGAAACAGACAACAAUUGAGUAUUCAUUCUUGCAUGCGACUCCUCCUCAAGGACCUCCUUCAGUGCUUGCUAAAUGCAAGGAUCUGACUGAUUCAGCAGGGUGGGUCAACGUGAAUAAGGAGACACUACAACAUGUCAAAUAUAGCAAUGUUUUCAGUCUUGGAGACUGUUCCAAUCUUCCAACUUCAAAGACUGGAGCUGCAGUGGCUGGCCAGUUAGGAAUUUUGUCAAAAAAUUUGUUGAGUGCUCUGGAGGGAAAGCCACUUCAAGCUAAGUACAGUGGGUAUACAUCAUGUCCACUAGUGACUGGGUACGGCUCUCUCAUUUUAGCUGAAUUUGACUAUGACAAGAACCCAGUAGAAACUCUACCAUUCGAUCAGAGAAAAGAAUCAAGAAUAAACUAUGAACUUAAAAAACAUGUCAUGCCUGCUAUAUACUGGACUCUGAUGCUCAGAGGUUUCUGGGAUGGCCCAGGCAAAUUGCGGUCUAUUAGUAACCCAUUGGGCUAAGUGGAACUAAAAGUGGAACAUCAUUUGUGUAUGUAAUGUAUAUAAUAAAUAAGAGAAUAAUCACUACCCUUGUAGCACUAAAUCUUCUAAGAACAUUCUCAAAACGUUUUUAGGUUCCCUGAACGUUCAUUGAACAUUCUUAGAACAAUUUGUGCUACCAGGGAAGGUAUUGAAAAAAUGAAAAUCUCAGGCUGUGAAGUAAUAAAUAUGAAUAUUGGUUAAAUGAUAAA